UAGAGUAGAAUAAGAAUCGUUAUGGCAGGGGAUUGUAUUGAGUAUGGUUUUCUGUGGCCUGAUGGCAACUACACAUCUUGGGCAGGAGUGUGGCGGUAUGCUGCUCAUACAAAACUGCACGAUUCUGGUACUGUUUUAACUUUGCUAAGGGUGGUGGCAGGUAGGUGUAACACGUGCCUCGGGAGCUUGAGUGCUGCUUCAGGGAGGUGAUGAAGGAGUAUUACAAACCUCAGUGUUUCUGUAAAGUAAGUGCCAUCCUCUGUGAUACACCAGUGAUGUGUGAGGUUGUGACUGGAGGCCCUUAUUGCCCUAACCAGCCUUCCUCCUCAGGCUGACACUUGAGCUGAAAUUGGGUAAUCCAAAAACGUGUCUUUGUGCUUGAAGCAGUCUGAGACUUGGUUGCUUUCUGUCCUUUUACACCUUUUUUUAGUCAAAAUUCACCCAUUGGUCCCAACGGCGUUUGUUAAACUAUCUGCAGCGCUGACAGGCUUUUCAAACAACCAUAUCCAUGGUCCAUAUCCACGAGUCCAAAGCAUAACAGAAAGGUAUUUAUUGAGAUUCUUCAUCCAGACAGGGGAUACACCAGCGAAUGAUCCCAUAUCUGUGUAAUGAUCGCUGUGUUCUGGUGUGUAUAGGUGCUUAUGGGCCUUUCUUUCACUGUAUUUGUGAUGCCUUGCAGGCAUCCCUAGGACAAGGUUUUCCCCAGCAGGCUGUGUAUGUUGGCUGGGUGGUGGCCCCUCUAGACAAACAGCUUCUGAGCAGGUAGCUUUUAAAUAGCAGGUUUCAAGAUUGAAGAUAACCAGGCUGUAUGGUACUGGUGGCAGUGCUGAUGAUCAGUCCCAUUUGUUAUUUUUCUUACAUGUUUUCUCUGGGUGCUGCUGGAAAAGAAUUGCUCUUUGCGAUGGCCAGGUGAGUGUUGCUAAAGUGCUUAGAUAGCCUCCAGAGGGCAUGGAAAGAGCUACCGUUUCAAAGUAAAUUAUUUUUAUCUCAGUCUGUCUGCAAGUACCAUGUGUAUUUAAACAAUUUCUUGCCCAAUGGACUGCAGAAGGACCAAGGCCUUGGUUGUAUUAAAUUUCUAGACUCAGAAAAUAGAAAGAACGCAUUGAAGUCUUUUAUCUAUUUUUCACACCAGACUAAUGCCCACCUCUGUAUUACCACCCUGUAACUGUUUGGGUGUCUUCCAUAUCCACAUGGAGGAAGGACCGACUUUGAGGAAAUAGUUUCUGACACGUUUCUGUCCCAUCUCUUUAGACAGUGACUGCAAAAUUGGCUUCUUCUGCCUGACAAAUCUCCAGGCAAAUAAAGGCAGCCUCAAGGCCCCAUAUGUUUUUGAAUAAUGUAAGUGAUAUGCAGAGACUCAGACAAUGGUGUGUGUGCAUCCCUGUGUGGAAGGGGCUUAGCGCAGAAAGAUUAGCAGCAUGCUUUGCUUAUAACCAGGCGUUUUGUGUCUGCUAAUCCUAGCAUCAUCCUCGCUCAGGCUUUGAAGCCCAUGACGACAGGGCAUGAAACACUUGGCUUUUGAUGCAUGUGAUGCUGCUUAUGCAUAUGAAAGGGGGACCUAUCAACUGAAGUAUGACUACUGGAGCCCCUGUUGUGGCAGAAAGGUCCAUAAAUAAACAGUAAGUAGGUGUGCUUAUGUUAGAAGUGCACAGAAAAAGGAGCUGUCUGCAGGAGCUGCAAUUUUUGCUGUGCAUUUGAAGGGGCACUGGGAGUGUUUCUGCCUGCUCAGCAUCAGUCAGAGCCACAGUGACAUCCCAGGUGUGUGAGGCAAGGUAGCAGCGUGCUCUGCUCCCCUCCCCUCCCUUCCUGCUGGGAAGUUGCCCCUCGCUGGUGGCUGUGUUCCACAGACAUCCUUGAUGCUGUUUGGCAGAGAGGCUGGACAUUUUCCCUCUGUAUUGGGGGGGUUUUACGGUUCAGAGGGUACGGGGAAGCUGCCCUUGUUGCUGCCUAUGCCAUGUGUAGGCUUGGUGUAAAUGGGAGUUGUUGUUCUGGGACUCUUGAGCUGACAGCUUUCAUUAAGGCCAGCGUGUUGAGAUGUCUGAAAUCGGCAACUGACUCGUGAUGCUGGCAUCGGAUGAAGAGGCCUGUUUCCUCAGUAAUGAGCGCAGAAGUGAAUGCAGUCCCUGGAAACUCAAAACCUCUGAAAAUCCACUUUGUAUUGGCGCACAAAGCUCUUAAAUCUGAAUGGUUUUAGUCGAAUUUUUGCACAAAAGGAGGGGCAGGAAGAAGUAUUUCAGCUGAUCUGGUCUGGCUGUUGUUUUUACAUGAAUGUCUUGAUUUAAAAAAAAAAAAAAAAGAAAAUCACCAAAACCAAAGAACAACACAAAACUGUAAAAGUGCCUGGGCCUCUUCUUCAUUUAGAGAUGAUGGAGCGAGCAGCAUCAUAUCUAAUCGGCAUUGUUCAAGAAUGGGAUCAUUAAAAAUGGGAGAAAUAUUCCAAGUGUAGGCUGUAAAUACUGCAUGAGGUAGUUCUUGAGUCUUUUAGCAUCCUUCCCGCAAGGUAUCUGCCCACAUACCUUACAGAAAAGGAUGGUAACAGAGUAAGACAAACAAAACAUUGGUUUCAAGGCAGGCUGUGUCUGCACUGGGGUUGAACUUUGUUUUGGUCUGAGAUUGACGGAGAUUCGCUUCAAAGCUUUGCAUUUUCUCUUGCAUACAGCCUGUCCAUACGGGAGAUGAUCAGAGUUUUAAAAAUCUGCAUCUACUUCCCUUUCCAACUUCAAAGUAAAUUAUCAUUGAGUCCUGAUGGUCUUUUAGAAGAGAUCAAAUGCGUACAAAACAUUUAAAAAUUCCGAGUGUGGGAGGGUGUCAAGUCUGCAGCACUAGUUCUGAUCAGCGAUUCAAUUAGCAUGAUAGGUAUUUGCAAACACUCGCUGCCUGGGAGAAAUGGAUCGAUGGUCCCAGGCUCUGGGAAUGAGAGGUGUAAUAUUUGCAAGUGUUUUCAUGACCAGUAGAUGGGAGGUGGAAGAGUUUCUUUCUGUGUAAGUUCUGAUAUAGACCAAGAUACAAGUAUUUAUUAAUACCACCCCUGUCUUUCAUCUGAAAACUGGUCUGAGCAGUGAAUGAAAAUGCUUGGAAAUAACAUAAAUUCUGCCAGUGACAGGACAGUGAAACAGAGAGAACUGAAGAAGAAGGAUGAGAUAAGGAAGAAAACCUUUUUUUGUUUGGUUUCUUUUCUUGGGAGAUUAGAGGGAGAAGGGAGCACUAGUGGUGAGUGUAUUGUCCAAAUCUAUGUGGACAGGCUCUUGCAUCCUGACAGAUGCUAGUGGCAGGAUGUUGAGAAGGCAGUAUGGUGGAGGCAGGAGGUUUGCAUGUCCCUGUGCCUCUGAUGUUCUUGUUUGCUGAUACUGGAGUAAGUCAAACCUACUGCUUUGGCACAGGUACUUCUGUGGCUUUGCAAAUCCAAGGCCGUGUGGCUGGCAUUCUGGCAGCGAUAUACUUGUUGGCCAGCUCUGUGCUGGAUGGAUGCCAUUCUGCUCCCAGCUGGAUGCUAGACCAGGUGUUGGCUUGCCCAGUGGCAUGGUGUUUGGCAGUGAAAAACAAGGGCCGGCCUGCAGGAGCAAGAAGGCAGGAUGUUGUCGAGACCAAAGCCUGGCGAGUCCGAGGCAGACCUGAUACACUUUCAAAACCAGUUCCUGGCAGCCAGAGCUUCACCUGCAGUGAAGAUUGUGAAGAAAGCAGACAAGAGAAAGGGGGAGGAAGGGAGCACAGAUGUUGAGAGACCCCCACUGCAGGACAGCAAGGAUGUAGUGAUGCUGGAUGAUUUUCCUGAUAUUCUCCCAGCUCUAACUCCUGGUCCUCCAAAAAAGUCCAAGAUCAAAAGUGCCUCUGUCCACUUUGAGGAUGAAGAUCCAGAGGAAAGACUUGAGAGUCAUGAUCGACACAUUACAGCAGUCUUCAGCAAAAUCAUUGAACGAGACACGAGCGCAGUAGCAGUGACCAUGCCAGUGCCCACCGGAGACCCGUUUCCCAGAACAUUUCAUCGUUCUGAGAUAAAAAGUGAGGUGAAGGUGGGAUCUGGAAGAAAAAGCAUCUUUGCACAAAAGAUGGCAGCAAGAAGGGCUGCUGAAAAGGAAGCAACAGCUCCCUCUGCUGCUGAGUGCGUGCAAAUAAGAUCAGCUCCUCGGGAUGCCCUGGAUCCUGAGGGAUCAGCAGAAGAGGCACCUCGCCCUGGCAACAGGGAUGGUAAAGCUGAUGACUUUUUCACCACUCAGCGGCCUUGUAUCAUAACAGGAGAGGGUCUUGGAAACCAAAACAGUGAGCAGGAAGCUCAGGCUAUUCACAAAGAGAACUUGGAGAAGCUGCAGUCCAUGUCCCAGGAAGAGAUCCUGCAGGAACAGGAAAAGCUUCUGGCUCAGCUGGAUCCCAGUUUAGUUGCUUUCUUAAAGUCACGACGUGGUGUUAAUGUAGGCCAGAAAAACGAAUUAAAAAAGGAACAGAACAGACCGGAGGAGUUUGUGGAAUCUCCGACUGUGCCUCAGCAUGGUGCAGGAGCAUCUCUUUCCAUACAGGAGUCAGGUCUGGAAGAAUCUGUAAGGAAGGAAGAAAAUAUGAAAAUGGAAAUGACAGAUGAUGAUCUGCCUGUGAAGCCGAAGAAGGAAUGGGUUCACAUGGACAAUGUGGAGUUUGAGAAGCUGGAGUGGAUGAAAGAUUUGCCUUCACCCCGACAGAAGAAAACCAAAAAGGGAAUGCAAGCUCGAUUCAGCUUAAAGGGAGACUUGAUUCCUGCAGACGCUGAUUUGCCUACUCAUCUAGGCCUGCAUCACCAUGGAGAAGAGGCAGAGAGGGCUGGUUAUUCUCUCCAAGAGCUCUUUCAUUUAUCUCGCAGCCAAGUUAUUCAGCAGAGGACGCUGGCUCUACAGGUCUUGGGUCGUAUUGUUCAAAAGGCUAGGGCUGGGGAGUUUGCAUCAUCCUUGAAGGGCAGUAUUCUGCGUCUGCUGCUUGAUGCUGGAUUUCUCUUCUUGCUGCGCUUCUCGUUGGAUGAUGCAGUGGAUAAUGUCAUGGCAGCAUCUGUUGGUGCUCUCCGGGCUCUACUGGUGUCACUCGAUGAUGAGAAAUAUCUCGAUUGGACUUUCUCAUGGUACCAAGGGAUGGCUGCAUUCCCCUUUGUCCCCAAUAAUGAGGAGGAAGAAGAGGAAGAAGAGGAAGAAUUAACUGGAACAGAGAAGUCUCAGAAUAAAAAACUAAAGGAUGAAAACAAGCCAGAUCCAGAUGUGGCCCGAUAUGAUGUUGUAAAGGGACUUUUGAAGACACGGAUCCAGCACCGGCUGAGGUACAUUCUUGAGGUGGUACGACCUGUUCCAACAGUAGUCCUGGAUAUCCUGCACAUCCUUACUCACAUAGCGAGGCAUUCCUCUGAAGCAUGCAGCCAGCUUCUUGACUGUCCUCGGUUGAUUGACACCAUUGUCAGGGAAUUUAUCCCUACUCAGUGGGAUCCUCAUGUGGCUGAACCAGGGUGUUUACUCACCAGUCUCCAUGGAGUUGCUUGCUCCACUGCUAUGAAGUUCAUCAGAGUAUUGGCAUCUGGAGGCAGAAAUGCAACAGCUAGGCUGCUUAACAAGUUUGAAAUGAAGAGCCGAUUAAUUCGAUUUAUAGCUGAAGAUCCCCAGGAUCUGCUUCUGCCAAAGGAAGAAGCCAUCAGGCUAAGCACUGAAGCCUUCCGGCUGUGGGCUGUGGCUGCUGGCUAUGGUCAGGCCUGUGAUCUCUACAGGGAUCUCUACCCUGUGCUGGUGAGGAUACUUCAGUCCCUGCCUGAGUUGCUCAGCUCUUGCCAUGAGAAGAACCCAAUGCGUGAGUUGUCUGUCCAGCGAGCUACAGCAGUGAUUACUCUGCUGAUGCAUGUGACACAAACAGCAGGCUGCACAGUGGAGCUGCAGGCCAAGUUGAGCAGCAAUAGUUCAGAAGCUAGUGAACAGAUUCCGCCUCCUCCAGUAGCAUGGAAUCACGUGUCAGGCUUACAGCCUUUCAUUGAGACUGGUCUGAAAAAAAUCCUACAGGAGAUAUCCCAGACAGAAACUUGGCAAACUCUCCAGCCUCUGACCACAACUUAUAUGAUCUACCUGGGAGUUUAUUACAGGGCUUGCAGCCAACAGCCAUCGGUCAAUCCAAUUGACUGCUUAGAAGAACUGGAACGUUUGACAUCUGAGGUGCUGCAGCCUCUUCUCAGCCAGCCAGCCGUACGCAGCAUGUGGGAUUUACUCAGGCCAUGUUCUGCUUUGUGCAAUCCUCUGUCCUGUUCCCCGGGACCUGAAUCUGUGUUGAGCAUCAUAUCUUUGAGUUGUACUGGAGGCAAACCUUCUUUGAACCUAGUUGGUUCCAAGUCCCCUUUCCCCUUCCUCACUGCCCUCCUGUUUCUCAUCAAUAGCAUCACUCACAUUCACAAAGGGCUGAUCAGCAAGUACAGCUCUGUGCUGAGCUUUGGAGGCCUGAAGGAUUAUCUGCACCAAAGCUGGCAGACUGGACCUCCGUCUGUAACUCCCUCAUCUGCGUGGAUGCUGCGCCAUGAAUAUCAUCUGCAGUACUUCGUGUUAGCGUUGGCUAAGAGAAUGGUGGGCACUUGUCCAGAUUACAGACAGCAUGCCUCGCUCCAUCACUGCGUCGCCCUGGCAUUGCUAAGCCGUCUGUUACCAGGGAGCGAGCAUCUGGCUUAUGAGGUCCUGCUGGAUCUUGCCUUUAAUCCAGAGUUUCUUCUUGAAGGGAAAACUGGAGGGCCAGAAGCAGCUGACUUUUCUGAUAUCCUGCAUCUGGGUACCAGUGCCAAACUGGCACAGCCUGCCUCUGCAGCAGCAGCAUCUUCAAAGCCUACACGUGGUGCCCUGCUGAAAGAAUCAUACCAGAAUCUGCCUGUCAUCCGCUCCUGCUACCUCUCUCAUUUUGUUCACUUGCAGCCUGCCCUUGUGCAUUCCCAAGCAUCCUACGAAGGACGGAAUUACCUCAUCCAUUCAAUGCUGCUUCCUGAGGUCAAAGGGCCCAUCCUGCCUUCAGACUGGCCUUUCUUUCCACUUAUCAGCCUCUACAACAAAGUGACUAAUGCAGAGACGCGGGGGGCUGUGCUGAACUCUCUCCCACUUGAUCUAGUCAACACUGUGACCUGGAACCUUCAGUGGGUCUUGUUGCUGGAAACCUGGCGUGCUAAAACCCUUCAGAGCAUCCCUACUGCUGCCAAACUUGCACGACUUAUGUGUGUCUUCCUCACAGGUGGUGACCUCUUUCUAGAAGCACUGAUCCACUGCUACACAGCUGCCCUUCUCUCUAUCUACUGCCAGCCCAAGGCGCUAGACUCCCUAAACUUGGAUGCUCCACUCCCUGGUUUGGCUUCCUUCCACGAUCUCUAUAUAAGUUUGCUGGAACAGUUUGAAGGCGUCUCCUUUGGAGAUCCACUCUUUGGAGUCUUUGUUCUUCUACCUCUGCAGAAGCGUUUCAGUGUUCAUCUGCGUCUGUCUGUUUUUGGGGAGCACACAAGUAUCCUGCGGGCACUGGGAGUGCCGCUCCAGCAGUUUCCUGUACCUCUUGAGCGAUACACUUCCCCUCCUGAGGAUAACCUGAACCUCCUGCGACUCUACUUCCGAACGCUGGUCACUGGCGCACUGCGCCACACCUGGUGCCCUGUUCUUUAUGUGGUGGCUGUGGCUCACGUGAACAGCUUUAUUUUCUCCCAAGAUGGUACAACACAGGAGGCUGAUGCUGCUCGGAAAAGCAUGCUGCGAAAGACGUGGCUCUUGGUGGAUGAGGUAGGAUCCACCCUGAAAAAGCACCUUCUCUACUACAGACUGCUGAAUGCCGAGAGCCCUUUGGGAUUUGACCUUUAUGAGCAACUCCCUCCCAUGCGACUGAAGUACCUGCAGACGGUGAUACAGAAAGAAAAUAAGGAGAAUGCACCAGUGCUAGUCUCAUAGCAAAACACUUGUGGAAGAGGAGGACUAAGUAGAAGAACAGAAAUGCUCAGUUUAUGCUUCACUGAUGAAACUAUGUACAUUUUAGACAGUUACAGUGUCUUGCUUGGACACUGUCAGCAUCUCUGCAAAGUGAAGCACUAGUAGAAUGCUCCCAGCCCUGCAGUACAAUACAAACCUCAAGAUAUGUCAAUGUGUGUGUGGCCUCUCCAUUAUGAAUGCUGGGGCAUUUUCCUGCAUUCUCUUUCAGAUUGUUCUACUUCUUCCUGGAGGAGGUAAGAAUGUGUCUAAGAGGCACUGGAGUAUUGAAUAAACUGAAAGAACUGAAAAAGCCAUUUUGUUCAUUCAGGUUGGAGAUUGUAAAUUCUCAUGACGAUGUCUGUGUUCCCCAGAUCUUUCCCUUCUUUUUUUUUUUUUUAUCCUGGGUUUUGAACGGUCCCUUUCCCCCACUGCCCCUGCAAAUAGAAUGACAGCACAGCAGAGAAGAAGCUGAUCCUGUGAACUAUUUUUUUCCUUUCACAUGUAGUUUUUCAUAUACAGGAUCAUAUUCUGUGCAAAUGACCAGUCACAGAUGUAUGGAGCCGGAUCUCUAAGAAACAAUAGCUCCUAAUGCAGUCAACAUCUUACCUUGUCUGUCUUUUGGAUAGCAUCUAAACUGCUUCAUUUUCUCCCUUAUUUGUUUACAUAUAUAACAAGAUAAGAAAUAAUUUAUUUGCAGGGAGAAUGCUUGUCAGAAACCACUCCCCCUUAGAGAAGAAAAAAACUUAUCUGCUUGUUUAACUAGAACAUGUAUUGAUUGCCUUCUGAGAAGAAGGGAAUGUAAUUUAAAUUUUUAAGUGGUGUUCCUAAGUUUAGACCUCGUUUUAAAAAUCCCUUAUUUGAUUCCCACUUCUACAUCCAAAUUCUGUUUUGCAGCUGCCAACACAUGGGCUACAAAUGUAGUGUCCUGAAGUGUUCAUCACAAAUGCCAGGUCAAGCCCAGAAUUUACCCUAAGUGUAGUCUCACUGAAGUGGAUGUUUCAUUUGUAUCCAAUAGUUUUUGUAGAACUACAGUCAGUCUGGCAGACUUUUGUUUCAAUAAUUUUUAUGAAUAAAACUUGUUAAAGUUAUUUCUUUUGCUUUGUUCUUAUAUACAAAUACCUCUGGAAGGUGCAGGGUGAUGCCUAGCCUAAAGACAUAAGAUUCUUUCUACCUGACAGAAAGUUUUGUAAGUCUACCAGCACCCCCUUAGUUUCCAGAAGAUACUGUUUCAUCUUUUUUGUCCUCUUAUUUCAGAUAGGACAUAGGUGGAACUGAUGUGUCAUUUUGAUCUUUAUUUUCCUGUUGCAGUUUUUGAUCUGCAGCUGAGGGAAACUACAAAAGCACAAAGUGGUCAACAAUCAUUUUCCUUGUUGCUAAUUAUUUCAAAAGUACUUGAUGUGAGUAAAAGUUUAAUCAAAGGCAUUCAAGUUUCUAUUCUGUCCAGAUGGUGACAGUCCCAGCAGUUGUCUUUCAAGAGCAAUGAAUGCAUGGUAAAAGUUAGUAACUCUUAGCUGGCCAUUUAAGAACUGCCUUCCUCAAGGAAUUCAUCUUUUGCUUUUCUGACCUACAAAAACCUCUUGUGUAAUGCAAAGCUGAGUUUUUAAAUGUAUACAGGGUGUAAAUAAACAUUUUGA